AUGGAAUCACCACAAAAGAAAGUUAAAUUAGAUCUCAGAACAGAACCUACUUGUAAACCUUGUUUGCCAGAAAUGAAAAACCCUUUUGAGGAUACAUUUUUCAUGCAAUUUAUAUUCGACCAAUUACGAAAUUAUAGUAGAGAUCCGCGUCAUCACCAGUAUUCUGAUAUUGCAAAACGUUUUUGGAUUCUUGUUAAAUAUUAUGCAGGAAAGCAAUUUUUUGUCAGAAUGGCCGGAGCACGAAAUCAACAUCAACCAUGUAAUUGGUUCAACCAUUUACAUUACAAUCUCAUAAUUCCUGAAUUAGCUACAGUCAAAAAUUGGUUUCCAAAAGGUAGUCGUGGUAUCCUUCCGUAUUUCAAAGAAACUCUUGAAGAUAUUGUUUCAAAAUCCUCCUGUAAGAAUGCAUGUUUAAAUUUAACAAGCUCACCGGUCAUUGAACAGUUGAAAGCAAUCAAUACUCCACAAUCAUUAGCCGCAGCAAAUUAUUUGACGUUAAUUCGAGAAUUAUAUGACUGCAUUAAUGAUAAUAAGUGUCAAGUUGAGCAAUUACAUAACAUUAAGCAACGAUUUGAGCAGUUAAAUCCCUGUAUCACCACAAAUUCUAAUGAACUAUUUUUCUCUAUUGUAAGACAUAAGUAUCCUCGAGCAACAGAAAAACAGUUCUGUCAAAUGGGUUUGUUAACAUUUUUCAUAUAUUGUAUCCUUCAUGCCCCUGAUGAUGUUCGAGGAUUUUCUCUUCCUGAUAUUCCAUUAACUGAUCAUUAUAACGGAAUGAGUGGAAAAGUGACAAAAAUUCCAGAUUUUUCGCCAUACUGUAGCCCAAACUCUCAACUUAAAGGAUUCGAAAAAGAAUUAGAAAAAAUUAAUCAACAAAUUGCAAAUUAUGCCAGAAAAUCCACUUUGAGAUUAGAUACUUGUGCUCCAAAGCGGAUCUUUCUUUGUUGCCCUGUACCUAAUUGUAAGAAAUUGAAGCCUUAUCUUGUAAAAGGCUGCUUUAAAAACCAUUUGAUCAACAAACACAAAUAUGAUCAGAAAGCAGCUGCUGAAGAGGUUAAGAAUAUGGAAUGUCAAGAAUUUCUUCGUCAAAUGCAAAGAGAUGUUGAAUUGCGAAAAGUUACAAUGUCACAUGGUGAAGAAGAUCAAUACAAAGAUUCUCAAUCAGAAAAUGCUACUACUAAUAAUUCAAUAGAGGAGCUUAAGCAUAAGCCUAAUGAAUUACGGUCCGUAUUUAAAGAUAAAAUUUCGGUGAUACAUUCUAGACCUCAAGGGAUAAUAUCAUCAACACAAAAUCUCAUGAAAAUCGGAAACAAAUUAUAUCAUAUUGUGUUGAUGGAUUUGGAGACAAUGGGAGUCAAUGUCAACACCAAUACUAUCAUUCAAAUUGCUUUUCUAUUGCUGUCAACACAUCAAUUACAUUCAAUGUUUGUCCAACCAGAACCAAAUGCAAAUUGGCAUCAAAAAGCUGCAACAAUGCAUCAGGACAAACUGGCCAUAUUAGUCAAAAGUGAUUUUCUUCGGAAUGUGAUUCCUGAUGUUGUUAAUUAUUUGACAUACGGAGAAGCAGCCGAUGUAAUAUUCUUAGUUCAUUCAUGGAGUUUGGAUGAGCAAUUUUUCACAAAAGCGUUAACAAGUCUCUCUCAUCAACCCAAAAUUAAUUUUCAUUAUUGUAGGACGAUGGAGAAAGUGUUACUCGGAAGGGUGGCCUUGGAGAAACAAUAUUCGUCUCGGAUUAGCAAUGAUCUUCCGGGAACUCCUCACAAUGCUGCUGUUGAUGUGGUUAUGUUGUAUGAUUUGCUGUUGAGCAAGUUUACGACUGACAAGAAUAUAGAGCAAGCUGUUGUGAAGCAUCUGCAACUUCGUCAAACCACCCUGCAAUAA